AAUACCAGUCGCACCGGGAGACCUUGUCAGUCGUCUAUCUUCCACCUCUCCAAACCCUAGCUCUCAAAUCCCCUUCCUACCGAGAUCGGAUCUUGAUCUCCCCGCCCCACCGCCGUCAUGGCCACCGGCGGAAACCCCAACCCCGCCGCCGGCCCUGGCCACCCACGCCAGCCACAGCCCCCGCAAGGAAGCUCUCCGGCGACGCCGCACACCCACAUGCGCCCUCCCUCUCUCGCCGGCUCCCCCUUCCAGGGUCUCUUCAACACCCCGCCUAGCCACAGCCCUGCUUUCCAGAUUCACAUGGGCGCCUCCCCUUCCCCUCAGACCCCGCUAAUGGCCGCGGCAGCCUCCGCUGCCGCCUCCGCCAAGCGCCCUCCCCAGAAGCCCCCUUCGCGUCCACCGGCACCCACAUCCUCCGCUGCUGCUGCGGCGGCGGCGGCGUCCAUGGCUGCAGCUUAUAAGGCUGCUAACGCAGGCGGCAUCGACCUCACCCCCGCCGCACGCCGCAACAAGAAGCGCAAGCUCCCGGAGAAGCAGCUCCCCGACCGCGUCGCCGCGCUGCUUCCAGAGUCCGCGCUCUACACGCAGCUGCUCGAGUUCGAGGCCCGCGUGGACGCAGCGCUCGCGCGCAAGAAGCUGGACAUCCAGGAGGCGCUCAAGACGCCGCCGUCGCUCCAGCGAACACUCCGCAUCUACGUGUUCAACACCUUCUCCAACCAGGCGGCCCGCACCAUCCCGCCGCCCAAGAACGCCGAGCCGCCCACCUGGUCACUUAAAAUCAUCGGCCGUGUGCUUGAGGACGGUGCGGAGCUGGACCCAGCAGGUGUCGUACCCAAGCACAACCCGGCGUAUCCCAAAUUCUCUGCGUUCUUUAAGAGGGUGACUAUUGGGCUUGACCCAUCACAAUAUCCGGAGAACCAUACGAUUGUUUGGGAGAAUGCGCGGUCUGCUGCGCCGCAGGAAGGGUUCGAGGUGAAGAGGAAAGGGGACAGGGAAUUCCUUGCGAAUAUCCGUCUAGAGAUGAACUAUACACCGGAGAAGUUCAAGCUGUCUCAGCCAUUGAUGGAGGUCCUUGGGGUUGAGGUGGACACUCGUGCAAGGGUGAUUGCUGCCCUUUGGCAGUACAUCAAGGCAAAGAAGCUGCAGAAUCCAGGUGAUCCUUCGUACUUUAUAUGUGACCCUCAGUUGAAGAAGGUAUUUGGGGAGGAUAAGAUGAGGUUUGCGAUGCUGUCACAGAAGAUAUCACAACAUCUUGCACCUCCACCGCCCAUCAACUUGGAGCAUAAGAUUAAGCUAUCAGGAAAUCAAGCACAUGCGAGUGCUUGCUAUGAUGUGUUGGUGGAUGUUCCUUUUCCCCUGCAGAAGGAGAUGGUGGCAUUUCUCGCCAAUACUGAGAAGCACAAGGACAUUGAGGCUUGUGAUGAGGUUAUAUCUGCUUCAAUCAAGAAGAUCCAUGAGCAUCGCAGGAGGAGGGCAUUCUUCCUUGGGUUCAGCCAGUCCCCAGUGGAGUUCAUCAAUGCGCUGAUAGCAUCCCAGAGCAAAGAUUUGAAGCUCGUUGCUGGGGAAGCAAAUAGAAACAUUGAAAGGGAAAGACGAGCAGACUUCUAUAACCAACCAUGGGUUGAGGAUGCUGUUAUAAGAUAUUUGAACCGUAAGCCGCCUGGCGGCAAUGAAGGCCCAGGUGCUGGUGGUUCUUGAGGAGAAGAUUGCUGUAGCGACCUUUGCUGUAGAAUCAAGUUGUCUGUCCUGUAUUAGUAAAAUUCCAGAGACGUAGUGACAGGAGAAUUAUUUGGUAUUGCAGAGGAACCUGGCAGGAUUACCUCCUGCCUGCUUAAGUGAUUAGCUAUUGUAUGAUGUGUUUGUGAUCCCCGAUAUCAUGGUAAAUGCUGAACCUAAAUAUGUUUUAGUCCGUCUUGCACAUGUUGCCAGAAGGUUAACUUUGAAUCACCGUUGGUAUGGAGGUGUCAUUCGUGUGGAGUCAAUGAGGAAGCUGUUGAGAGGACCUGAGAAAGUGGCCCUUUUGUAUUUGAAUGUGGAAGUGGAGGGAAAUGCAAAGAGAUGUCUCAGUCCCUGCCUUGUACUACCUGGUGGAUUAGUUCGUUCGCUUUUGGUUUGCUGACAGGUUUGUCA